AUUCACAACUCAGUUUAAAUCGUAAAAUACAGUUUAACAUGAAUACCGGCGUGAUACCGUUUCUAUUGAUAUGUCUCUGCUUGAAAGUUACAUUGGCAAAUCGGACAUCGUUUUAUACGCAGGAAGUUUAUUGUUUGAGCGAACUACCAAUGAGUGAAUUAAUUCAAAUAAAGUCCUCACUCGCGGAUGAAGAAGAUGUUGUCGAGGAAGAUGUACAAGCCGAAGAGAUAUCGAGUAGAACAUUUUCGUCAUCAUUGCCCGUUGCACAGCCCUUGAAAAGAAUGAACAAAAAGCCAAUGAGACGUUACGAAGAUUAUCACGAAGAUAAGGGGAAAGAUACGAAAAUUUCAAAGAUAUUCCAAUUGUCAGUCACAGCGCUUUCGUUUCUUGCUUUCGGUGGCUAUUUGCUUAGUCUUAUAAUAACAGCAAUUCGUCAAAACGCAAUGGGAAACACGGGCAAUGGAAACGUUAUAGUGCUCUCAAACCUGCAGGGUUUGCAAAACUAUAAUCGUCCAAAAAGAAACUCCCUUAUGCACGAUACGGCAGAGAACGAUUCCGAAAUCGAGAAGCUGUACCAAGGAAUGAUCCUGCUGUCAAAAUCUUAUACAAUGUACAAUAUUAAUUGAUGAUGCUUUGAAUGGAUCUAAAAGUAGAAAUACAAGACUUACGUUCGCCACUAUCGAUGGAUAUCGCUAGACUUUUGCUAGAAAAUCACGGAUAGUAGAAUCUCGGAUAGUUGAAAACGUAAGUUUCGUAUUCGAGGAUCGAUCUGAUCGAUUGACACGAGAAUAUAAGAGAUUCGUGGUAAAAAUUUCUGAUCGUGAUUGACGGACUCAAUUAGGGGUUCGCUUAUCAUGAUUCGCCGGACUCUUGAAAAUCCUAAAACCUAAUAAAAUCGAAUAGAGGAUCACGGUGUGUACAUAUCCCGAAGAAUAUUCUUAGCAUGUGGGUAGAGGCUGCUUCAAACAUGGCUCUUCAAAUAAACACCUAAGUGACUGUAUACUCCGAAAGUCUGCAUGCAAAGAUAACCAUAUGGCUUCCAGAGAUAUCAUCAGCCAUACGUCUCUAUGCUAUUAUUCCUCAGACAUGUAUAACCCGAAUAGCGUCUAUUUCUGUUUUUUGGAACUUCAUUUCUAAAAAGAUUACCGAUUACGUUCAAAAUUUUCGUUCUCGUGAUUCCUCGAUGUAAUCGAAUUUAUUUAAUGAUAGCGGUAGGUAACGAUUUACAGUAGUACAUGUGAAAACUAUAAU